AUGAACACGAACAUGUCUUCCAAAGAAACUUCUUCGGGUAGCACACCCACACAGAAAGGUGUUCGUCUCACGCAAGUCGAACUCCAUCGGGACGAUACAAACACAGACAUCGACAUCAUCGCCAUACAUGGUCUCGACACGACGUCGAGAGACACAUGGACAUGGAGAGAUUCCAAAGAUCUCAAGAACGAAGCCAAGUGGGUCAAUUGGCUACACCCAGGCAUGCUUCCAGACCAGGUAGCUCGGGUCCGGAUCUUUACAUGCGACUGGCCUGCCGAUCUUCAUCAGCCGAGAGACAUGGUUCCAAAGGCCCUCGACGAGUGUUCUCGGAGCCUGCUCGAAGGUAUCCACGUGGAGCUCUAUAAAGACAAUGCAAGACGCGACAGGCCGAUUGUCUUUAUCGCGUCAUGUUUCGGGGGUAUCAUCUUAGCGAGGGCUCUAGUGCUGGCAGAUUUCAAAGACAGCAAUUAUCAUCAAUUCAGAAUUGCCGUGCGUGGCAUCGUCUUCCUUUCAACGCCGUUCCGAGGGACUUCCUUCCAAGACAUCGCUGCUUGGGCAGAGCCGGGUCUCCGGGUUCGGGCUUUCUUGAAAGGCAAAGCAUUGAGCAAGCUGCUUGGGAGUGUAAAGGGACCAACCUUUGAUCUCCAGGAACUCGUCCGCUCCUUCACUCGGCUCUGCCAAGACGAGGAACACCCCUGCAACGUUUUCACCUUUUCCGAGCAGAAGGUGACGAGCCUGCCACACAAAGCAUUUCCUUGGCUGCCACCUCUGUUCCGCCAAAAUAAGCCUCUCGUCGGUGAUUUCGAGGGAACUCUUGACAUCGUUCGUGAACCGACGUCCCUCGAUCGAUCCCACCUCUUGAUGAACAAAUUCCACAGCCCUGAAUGUCCUGAUUAUAAGAAAGUCGCCGGAAAGAUAAGCGAGAUUGUCGAAAAGAUUCGUGUGGGAAGCCCACUUGAAAGGGCCGACGCCUGGAUACGGGACAAGCACUAUACCGGGAACAGGCUGAAGAUCGAACGCCUCUCCGGCGAGUUACUGUUGAUGGAUCGGUGCUACAUCAAUCUUUCUAUUGUGGAAAUGUCUGAACAAGAAGCAGGUCGCCCAAAGGAAGAAAAGGCAUCCCCGUUCUCAAUGUGGUCUCGACGGUGGGUCUCGACAUCCAGUGAGACGACUCAAGUGGAGCUGGCGACACUCUUUGACUUACGGAAGGGACGCGAGGGCCAGCCAAUAAAACCAAGAAAAAUACUGAUUCGAGGGCGGGCGGGAGUUGGGAAGACCACCUUGUGCAAGAAAAUUAUUUUUGAAUUCACCCAAGGCACAUGGGCAGGAUGGAGCAAGUUGUUUGACCGCAUACUUUGGGUACCUCUGCGCAAUCUGAAACUGGACGAAAGACGUCGUUCGCCGAAAUACAACCUGGAAGAUCUCUUCAACCACGAAUAUUUCUCUCUCCCAAAGGACAUGCCGGAGCUCGCAAAAGCAUUGUACGAGGCAGUGGAGACCAAGAGCGAUAGAACUCUGUUUCUCCUCGACGGCCUGGACGAAGUAUCUCAAGACUUGACAGGCGAUGCCGCCAUGUCCCGUUUUCUCAACACUCUUUUGAAACAGCCCAACGUUAUCAUCACGUCCCGCCCGUCUGGAACCCUUCCGGCCGACAUACCUAUUGACCUCGAGCUGGAAACUAUGGGAUUCUACCCAGAUCAGGUAAAGGACUAUAUCGAAAGAGCUUUCAGCGAUUCAACGGGCAACAUUGAUUGUCAAAAGACCAACGAGGUUCAAUCAUUUAUCAAAGGCCAUUGGCUCAUCGGGGGACUCGUGCAGGUCCCAAUUCAACUUGACGCGCUAUGCUACACCUGGGACGACCUGGACCAGGGCACGGCACCAGAUACAAUGACUGGCAUGUACAAAGCGAUCGAGCUGAAUUUAUGGAAAAAGGACGCCGUGCGGAUGAGCAAAAAACACAACGAGGAAUUCGUGACAUCUUCCCAGAUUGGAUCUUCAGACGUCGAGGCCAUUGUCGAACAUGAGAUUUGCUUCCUUGAAAAUCUUGCUUUCAAUGGACUGGUGAACGAACUCAUCGAAUUUUCAGAACAAUAUCUUAAGUCCAUGCCAAAGAUGUCCAGGGAGACAAUAUUACUCAGGAAGACACUACCAUGCCUCUCCUUUCUCCGGACUUCUGACGCUAGAAACCGAAGUUACCACUUCAUACACCUCACCUUUCAAGAAUACUUUGCGGCGCGGUAUUUUGUGCGACAAUGGCGUACCGGAAAAUCUCUGGAAUACCUGUCUCUCGACAGUCAAACACACGUGGAUACAUAUCCUGUCAAGUUCCUCCAGACGCACAAGUACACAGCACAAUACGAAAUCAUGUGGCGAUUUGUUACUGGCUUACUUGACGCAACCAGCCAUGAAAAGCAGUUCCUCGACAUGUUGGACCAGGAACCACUCGACCUGUUAGGUCCUGCACAUCAGCGACUAGUCAUGCAAUGCCUGAGUGAGGUUUCGAGAAACUCUACAAGCAGGCCGGGCCUGGAACAGCGGCUGGCCAAGUGGUUUCUAUUCGAAAGCAAAGUCUACAAGAACGAACGUCUAGCAAGAGAAGUAGAGGCUCCGGACGCAGCACUUGUAGCUGCUCUAUCCCAUGCAUUAGACGAGGAGAAAGUGGUACUUCUUGGUGCAAUAAAAAGUCGGCAAACGAUUACGCCGAAUCUUGCUAAGCAGGUAGCUUGCCUUCUUAAUAACGGAAAUUAUGAGCUGCAAAAAGCAGCCGCCGCUGUCCUAGAAGUUCAAGCAAAGACCGUGGCGACGGUGCGAGAAAACGCAGAUUUAGGCGUCCAACAGGCCGCCGACAACGCCGCCGAAUUCAUCCCUAAUAACCUGUCAAGGAAAGAAAAUCUCGAGGCUUUGGCAGCGAAUAUUAAUAAUGCAGAUGCGGGUGUGCGAAGUGCCGCUUUUCGUGCCUUGGGUGAUCAGGCAAGCUUACCAGAAAGGAUGCUUGAAGCUGUGGCGGCAAAGCUUGAAGAUGCAGAUGCAGAUGUGCGCGAGGUUGUUAUACAGGUUUUAGGUGAGCAGGCGAGCUUACCAGAAAGGAUGCUUGAAGCUGUAGCGGCAAAGCUUAAAGAUGCGAAUGCACAUGUGCUCUACGCCGCUGUAAUGGCCUUAGAGAAGCAGGCGAGCUUAUCGGAAAGGAUGCUUGAAGCUGUGGCGGCGAAGCUUGAAGAUGAAGAUGCAUAUGUGCGACGGGGCGCUGUAAGGACCUUAGGUAAUCAGGCGAGUUUACCGGAAAGGAUGCUUGAAGCUGUGGCGGCAAAGCUUAAAGAUGCGGAUGUAUAUGUGCAACAGAGCGCUGUAAAGACCUUAGGUAAGCAGGCGAGCUUGCCAAAAAGGAUGCUUGAAGCUGUGGCGACGAAGCUUGAAGGUGCGGAAGCAUAUGUGCGAAGUGCCGCUAUUCGUGCCUUGGGCGAGCAGACAAGCUUACCGGAAAAGAUGCUUGAAGCUGUGGCGGCGAAGCUUGAAGAUGCGGAUGCAUAUGUGCAACGGGUCGCUAUAUUGGCCUUAGGUAAGCAGGCGAGCUUACCGGAAAGGAUGCUUGAAGCUAUGGCGACGUUUCUUGAAGACGACAGCGGGGUAACGCGACGGGAGGCCGAGGGAGCAUUGCGACGACAUGAAAGCUUUUAUCGCAACCUCUUUGGCGGACCCUACGCCGUAUCGCUAUACAAUUUAUUUUUACAAAUGAGCUUCUAUGAACGACAAGUUUGGUAUAUUGAUGACGGCCAUCUUUGUGUCAACACGCCAGAGAAGACUUUGAGGAUCCCAGAUCGCAAUCAGCAAGGUGGCUUUAAGGCCUGGAUCAACGAGGUGCGGCCAAAAGGAUUGCCACCAAUAGGCGGAGGAAGUAGUGAGCUCGGAUGUUCUUCUGAGAUCCUUGAACAACGAGCUUUAUGUACACAGAUGAAAUACGAUGCAUUUGCUCCUACACCACCUUUCAAAUGCGACCUGCUAUCACUGUACAUGUAUAUAGUCCAAGAUUUUCAUAGGUGA